AUGUCUCAAGGCUGGGUCAACGCCGUCUACUACCCCAACUGGCGCGUCUACAAGGGCCAGACGCCGGCUUCGCUGCCGGUGAACGCCGUCACCCAUGUGCUCUAUGCAUUUGUCCAAGUCAACACAGACGGGUCGCUGAGGCUCAUCGACGACUGGGCCGAUACGCAGAUUCCCGUCGACGGGACGACAGGGUGCCUCUCCGCCCUCGCCAAACUCAAGGCCUCGCGGCCCAACAUCCGCACACUCGUCUCCGUUGGCGGCGGCGGCGGGAGUGCUGAGUUCCCCGCGCUGGCUGCCAACCCGGCCGCCCGCGCCCGGUUCGCCAAGGAGAUUAAGAGCUUUUGCGACAAGUACCAACUUAACGGCGUCGACAUCGACUGGGAACACCCAAGCGACGCCAAGCAGGGCCAGGACUACAUCGCGCUCUUGAGUGACGUGCGCCGCCAGAUGCCGGCGGGGAGGUACCUUCUCACCACGGCUCUGCCGCCGGGCCAGUACGUCUUGAGGAACAUCGACCUCAGACGGGCGGCGCCCCUGCUCGACUACUUGAAUCUCAUGUGCUACGACCUGACGGGCCCCUGGACCGACGUCUCGGGGAACCACGCGCAGUUGAUGGCGUCCAAGACGCUGGCGAGCAACAACCCGAACUUGAAGAUUGCGUGCGCCGACGGCAUCAGCUACGUCAUCAAUAACGGCGUCCCGAGCCGCAAGGUGCUGCUCGGGAUCCCCGCGUACGCCCGCACGUUCCCAAUGGCCAAGGGCCCCGGAGGGCCCUCCAAGAACUCGGCCGAGAUGGACUACUGCGACAUGUCCAACGACAGCGUCGACAAGGCCACGGUCGACACGGCGGCGGCGGCGGCCUCGUACGUCGACGCCAAGAACGGGUUCAUGACGUUCGACGUGCCGAGGACGGUGGCCAUCAAGGCACAGUACGCCAAGAGCAGGGCCCUCGGGGGUCUGUUCUACUGGACCGGCGUAGGGGAUAGGAAGGGAAGGCAGAGCCUGGUGCAGGCUGGGUUCAACGAGUUGAACGGCGUAAGAUAG